AAUAUUCGCAUGAACGCAUGAAAAAAGAGGCCCGAACAUUCUUUGCCGUUCAGUAAACGAAGCGAAUACCUGGUUAUUGCAAAGUAGAGGCUAGAGGCCCAAACAUUCUCUACCGUUAAGCAAACGAAGUGAAUACACGUGCAAAGUAGUUUAUAUUUUCCAACCUUACUUCCGUUUUGGAAAAUACUCAAGUGAUAUAAUGAGUAGAACUGAAAUACAUUUUCCAGGACCGGGAGGCUUCAUAGCAGAGCUUGCAUCUAGCGGAGAUCAUGUGGACUUGAAUACAACCGACCAAAGGGGGACACCGUGGCUACAUUGCGCUGCCCAACAUGACUGCCGAAGAUCGAUUGAUAUUUUGAUUAGUCACGACGCUUUUGUUGAUUUCAAAGAUAAAUAUGGGAGGACCGCACUUCAUAUUGCAGUUCAAAGUGGAAAAGCAAUGGCCAUAAAGACUCUACUGAAUUUGGGCGCUGAUAUAAACAUUAGGUCGAAAAACGGCCGGAAUCCAAUUGAUGACUUUUAUUAUUGUUGUUAUACUAGUUGCUCUAUGAGCUAUAACUUCAAUUUUGAGAAUGACGACAGAAUAGAACGGAUUUUGAGUGAACAUAUUUUCAAAUUAAAAAUCGCUGGUUUUUAUGUCCAUGAAAAAAAUUAUAAAUCGGCUUGUUGUUAUUUAAACGGAGAUUACAAGAGUGCGGAUGACGACACUAAGUUUGAAAACAGGUGUAAGUUGGAAAUAGAAAAUUUGAAAAAAGAAAAACUUGGUGAUGUUUCUUUGUAUGAUAUUUUGACAAAGCAGAAGUACUUGGACUUGUAUGUGAGAAACGAAGAAAUUUUACGCGGGUUUUAUUCAAAUAAUUAUUGGCACAAGUUUCCGUUAUAUGCUCAUAUGAUUAAUGCGAAAUUAUAUCGAGGGAAGAAAAAAAGUGCAGGGAUGGAAAAAAUUCGUGCGCAUGGUUCAUAUGAAAUUUUGAGACUGUUACCAAUGGAUUGUUGGGAGGAAAUAAUGUUUUUUCUUGAUGAAUAUGAUUUGAAGUUAUUGGCUGCUGCUUGUUGUAUAUAAUUAAUAUGAAUAAGGUGUCAUUUAGUAUCAUCAUUGUUAUCAUUCUUCACACAGUAAAAAACGAAUCGUCAAAGUGUAAAAAAAACGUGUGUAAAAUUCUGAGUGUUGAAUUUUUAACACUUUGGUGUGCCAAUUUAACACUGUAUUUAUCUUGUUUGAACUGUCAUGUAAAUAAAUUUUAAUUUAUAUAAAUAAAUAUAAGGCUAGAUAUUCCAAAAAUG